AUGUGCGAACAUCCAACGCCUCUGCGAGGGAAGUCUGUGAGCUCCCUCCCUGCGGAUCAGUUUAACUGCGAGAUGCCUCGAAUUAUAUCCGAGCCCAGAGAUGCCGACAUCGUCCUUGGGAAUACGGUUUAUUUUAUCUGCCGAGCCGAGGGGAAUCCCAAACCUGACAUCAGAUGGAUACACAACAACAAUGAGAUUGAUAUGAGUUACGAUGGGCGACUGCAUCUGUUGAACGAUGGGACGCUGAUGAUCCAGAACACGCAGGAGUCGGAUAAAGGGGUCUAUCAGUGUGCGGCCAAAAACAUCGCCGGGGAGGCGCGCACUCAAGAGGCGGUCUUGCGCUACUCUGGCAGCCACUCGAAGCCAGUGUUUAUAAUCCAUCCCCAAACCACGGAGGCACUCGUAGAUGGAAGCGUCACCCUGGAGUGCGGCGUGUCUGGGGAUCCUCAGCCAAAAAUUACAUGGACUGCGGAAAAUGGGGAAGCGAUUCCCAAUGACGGGCGCUUUACCGUCACCAGCUCUGGAGGUCUGUACAUCCAGAAUGUCACCACCGCGGACCAGGGGCUCUAUCACUGUCAUGCCAGCAACAGCGAGGGCAGCAUACAGGCCUCGGCGUCCAUCAUCGUACAAGAUCCACAGACGUUCUCCGUGGUUCCC